GCCACCCGCCAUGAGCCGGUUCGGGGGCCGCACGCGCGAGUACCCGGCCGUGUCCAUCGACCGCUUCGACCGCGACAACCUGCGCGCGCGCGCCUUCUUCCUGUCGCACUGCCACAAGGAUCACAUGAAGGGGCUGCGGGCGACCGCCCUGAAGAGGAGGCUGGAGGGCAGCUUGAAAGUUAAACUUUACUGCUCACCAGUAACUAAGGAAUUGUUGUUGACUAACUGGAAAUACAAGUUUUGGGAGAAUCAUAUUGUUGCAUUGGAAGUUGAAACUCCAACUCAGAUUUCUUUAGUAGAUGAAACAUCUGGUGAGAAAGAAGAUGUAGUGGUGACACUUCUGCCAGCUGGUCACUGUCCAGGUUCAGUCAUGUUUCUGUUUGAAGGCGAGAAUGGCACUGUGUUGUACACAGGGGAUUUCAGGCUUGCAAAAGGAGAAGCAUCCAGAAUGGAGCUUUUGCAUUCAGGGACCAGGGUAAAAGACAUCCAGAGUGUGUAUUUGGACACUACUUUUUGUGAUCCCAAAUUUUAUCACAUACCAAGUCGGGAGGAAUGUUUAAAUGGGAUCUUGGAGUUAGUGCGAAGCUGGACCUCACUGUCUCGUAAUCACGUUGUGUGGCUGAACUGCAAAGCUGCUUAUGGAUAUGAGUAUUUAUUCAUAAACCUCAGCGAGGAACUCGGAAUCAAGGUGCACAUGAACAAACUUGAUAUGUUCAGGAACAUGCCAGAAAUCCUGUGCCAUGUUACCACAGACCAACGCACGCAGAUUCACGCCUGUCGACAUCCUCGGGAUGAUGACUGCUUCCGAGGGAACAGACUGCCCUGUGGGAUGACUUGCCUUAAUGGAACUCCCCUGCACAUAAUCAGCAUCAAACCCUCCACAAUGUGGUUUGGGGAAAGGAAAAAGAAAACCAAUGUAAUUGUGAGGACUGGGGAGAGAACAUACAGAGCUUGUUUCUCCUUCCACUCUUCAUACAGUGAGAUCAAGGAUUUCCUGAGCUAUAUCUGUCCUGUGAACGUGUAUCCCAAUGUACUGCCAGUGGGUGGGACAGAGGACAAAGUGAUGGAAAUAUUAAAGCCAUUAUGCAGGUCAUACAGGAGAAUCAUGGAACCCAGGUACAAGCCCUUAGGGACACUGAAGAGAGCACACAAGAGAGAAUUAUCUGAUACAGAUGAAGAUGAUCUCUUUGAUUCAGAAUUAAUUUCUGCAAGGCCUAAGAUUCCAAGACAGCAGAGAGAAGAGAGCAGGCCCUUCAGCACAGGGCAGUCUGAAAAUUCUGAAGGAAACAUUAAUGAGAGCACAGGAAGUUACAAAGGGAACACAACUUACACCUCCCUCAAGGUAGAUUUUGUGGACUGUGAGGAAUCAAAUGAUGAUGAUGAUGAAGAUGAUGAAGAAGAAUCUGAAAAAAACACAGUUCAAUUUCUUUCCCAUGAGCCAGAUGCCACUUCCACAGCCAAUUUCAAUGGAGCAACUAGUGACCAGCAGGAGUCUAAUGCCAAUGUCCCUUGCUGGGAUGAAUUUUUUACUAUUAAUAAACUAGAGGAAAGCUCUGAAAAUGAGGACAACGUCCCAUCUUCAGCAGAUGCUGGCGGGUCCCAGUCACUCUUCAGCGAUUCAGAUGGAGUAAGUGACUCAACACACAUCUCCUCCCAAAAUUCUUCUCAGUCAACACACAUAUCAGAGCAGGGGAGCCAGGGCUGGGAUAGCCAAAUGGACACAGUGCUCAUCACCUCCCAGGAGAGAAGUGCCCUGGACCUCAGCAAAGGUGGGAGCAGAGCAGUGGUUCCUGUGCUGCAGGAGAGCCCCAGGGACACUCAGCUGGACAGCAGCAUGGGGAAGCCACCAGAUCAGAACAGACCUUGUGCCCACGAUGGUGCCUGUGGCUUGAAAAGCAAAGGCUGUGAGAAAGCUGCAGAAGAUGGUGCUGCCCACGUUCAGGAUGUGCUGGUGGAAAUAAAUGACAGCUCCAGGACUCCUGAUCUGGAGCUGAGGAGGGACUCCCAGAGCUCCUCUGACUUUGAAAUUCCCCUGACCCCUGAUGCUGAAGCACCUCAGCCAGAUAAACUGCACCAUUUGUACAAGAAGCUCGCAGCAGCUGUGCUGAGUCAUGCUUCAUUCAGAAAUAUCUUACUGUCAUAACUAGGAAUUUGCAGACCAUGUACCUUCAUUAUUCCUUCCAUGAAAUACUGAAAAGGAAAUAUUCAGAAAGUAUUCCCAGGAGGGACAGUAAAAGCCUUCUACCUCCCAAGGUUCAAUUCUCCAGGACUGUAAGUAGACAUAAUAUGGACCAGACAAAACCACGGGUAGGACACUAAAUGAAAUUUAGUGUUUAUUAUGAGCUCUAAGAGUUUGCCUUUCUAAUGUGAUCUCAGGUUUUAAUAAAAUAGCACACUAUUAACUGUGGGGGGGAACACCUAAGAAUGACCAUGCAAACAAAGGAGCUGUAAUUUGGUUUUAAUCACUAUUACUAUUGUCUAUUAUUAUUGUAACAAUUUAACCUUUACUAAAUUUCUUUAAUAGUUAUUUUAAAAAAUAACUGCAGAAUGGAUUAGAGAAUUACUGAGGUUGUGAGGGGGUUUUAAUUUGUUUUAAAUCAAAUUGUUCAUUUCAAAAAGUCUCUCUUUACACUGAGCUUUAAGUCCUGACUGCUGACUAUGCUUCAGCUCCAACUCAUUGCAAAGAACUUGUCAUCACUUCCUCUGUGUUCUGUUUUUGUUCUGAGUUGUUCUUCAGAAAAACUUAAAAUCCUGUGGUUCCCAAGUUACCAGCCCUGUCCUGCUCUGGCAGGUAACUCAGCCACAGACAGUAACCUGCUGUACCAGACAGGCUCUUGUACUACAAAACUUUACCUCCUCUGCAACAUUCUGUAGACUUCACUGUUUGAAAUCAAGACAAUAUAUUCUCCAUGCAUGUGUGCCAUCAUAACACUGCCAAAAUUCUUAGCUUCUAACAUAGAAAUGUACUUCAGGUUUUACCUAAACUGAAGUGCUCAUGAAAUAUCCAAACCACAGAAGUCAUCUAAAAAUCCCUGAGGUUUAAGUCCCAAAGAAUUAAACAUACUUUAGCACAACAUCUCUGCCCUCUGAGUGUGCCUUCAGUUGUUGUGCCAUGUUUAGUGACAUGUGAAUGUUAAACUGACUGGCAUUCCGCCACAGGGAACAGAGGCAGGAGGGACAAAGAACUGCCAUAAUCUAUGUACGAUUUUAAGGAUAUUCUAGAUCUAUGUAUUUCUCCACUGUUGCCUUUCCUGCUGUUUGUGGGAUUUGUUAACCUCAUUUCCAAAUGUGAUCUACCAACUUUGGGGUUUUUUUAGCAAGCCUGAGUGAGUGGAACUGCUGUUGGAACUACCUCUGUGAAUAAAGUCAGACAAAACAGAA